AUGACUUAUUCAACUAAGGACACCGACCAAUUCAAACUUCAACAAUUCGGGAAUGAAUCGGAUGAGAGGGCUAGAGAAGCAGAAGCUAGGGUUCUUGAAUUGGAAGAUGAGUUAGGAAGAAUGUCUGAGGAAUUGCAGAAUUUUAAGCGACAAAUCGGGACUGAAGAAGGUUUCGCCAUGAAACGCAAGGAACGAGAUCAUAACGAGGACAAUGAGAGCAACGGUUUCUGUAGCAGCCUUAGUAAGUUAGAUUCGCUCCAUUCUGAUCUUAAGAUGGCUAUACUGACUAGAAUGCCAGCCAAGUCUCUUUGGAAUUUCUGAUGCGUGUCGAAGAUGUGGUCUUCCAUCAUCCGAAGCCAAGAAUUCGUUGAUUCCUUCUUUGCUAUGUCUGCAACGCAAUCGCGGUUUAUAGUCUCUUUGAGUAACGGCUUGACCAACGAGCCUGAAGAGAAGCUUACCUUCUUCUUCUCGUUUGCACACGAGGGAGAGGAGUCUUCUUCUUUGGUACCCAACUUCGAGAUGGCCAUACCAGUGGGAUCGGCAUUCGACCCAGAGUUUCUAGCUUCUCACCAUGGCUUCCUCAAUGUUUACACUGAUCGUGGUUUGAUGGUUUGUAACCCUAGCACGGAGCAAGUCAUAAAGCUACCCAGGUACACCCUCCAAUUCGUGGGAUACGAUCCCAUUGGUGGUCAACACAAAGCUUUAUCUUUACGUCCGAAAGAUGGUAAUCCAAGUACUGGUCAUGUACUGCACAAGGUGUUAACAUUUGAAGGAUGUCAAGGUUGGAGAGACAUUGAAGGUACCCUUGUUCCAUAUAUGUCGUUAUCAGUGGGAGUAUGCAUCAACGGUUUUAUCUACUAUGGCGCUUUUGCCUCCACCGAUUUCAAGAAUCCAGUUAUGGUGUGUUUUGAUGUUAGGUCUGAGAAAUUUAGUUUUAUCCAAGCCCCUCCGCCUGUCAUGUUCUGGCGCAAGGAUUCGAUAUUCAUAGAAUACAAUGGGAAGCUAGCUUCUAUUGUGAGAAUACCUCGUUCUCGGUUCCGUAGUUUUGAUUUGGGGAUACUAGAAGACGACGAGAAACAUGAAUGGUCAAAGCAAACAUGUGUGUUUCCCUCCUCUGCGUGGGAUUCUGUUCGGAGCAACAAAACGUGUUUUUCAGGCACCAACAAGGCUGGUGAGAUCAUUAUGGUCCCAGACGUGUUGUCACCCGAGGUCCAACCCUUCUACAUUUUCUAUUACAAUGUCAGAACAAACAACGUCAGAAGAGUUAGGCUUCUAGGAUUUGGAGACAACGAAGAGUUUAGACGCUCUUAUGGAUUCGUGGACAAACUAGAAUGUUAUGUCCGUCUCGCACCUCAACACGUCGACAGUAUUGCCUUUCUUAAGAAUCAUGCAACCUAA